UAUACCCAUAAAGCUAGCAUCAGAUCUAGAGUGUGGCCUUUCCUGGUGCGAAAAAGCAACAUGCAAAUGAAAAACAAUUCAAAAUGAUUUCUGGUCAUGUUGUAACCAUCAGCUUAGCAGCUGUGCUGGCUGCUUUCUGUUACCAACAGGGGUAUAUAGCCCUUCUGUUACACUGGAGCUUGAACAUUAUGGCUGUACUCAGUGGAGGAGUGUUGGGUGUUGCCAUGGUGAUAUGCAGAGGAAAAAGAUACAUUCCACCUGCCCCUAAUAAAGAAACAUCAAAAGUACAUGAACUCCUUAAACAGAUGAUGUAUUCCAGAGGUAGUCAGAUGGAGACCAGGAAGAAGGUCAUUAUUUCCAGAAAUCUUGAUGUCUCCAUAGACGGCCUCCUGAAAUUGGUCAUCAGAGACUAUGUGAUGGAUUGGUACAGUGAGCUGUCUAGAGACACCACCACAUUCCCUUACAUGCUCAGACAAGACAUGUGGAAAGUGAUAGAAAACCUUUCAACCCGCCUCAGCAGGAUUGACACAUUAAAGCUGAUGACACAAGACUUUGCUGAUGCAUUGCGAAAACAUUUCCAUGAUGUUAAGGAGGUUUCUGUAAGGGAUCAAGACAGCCCAAACUCUGAGUUUAUCCUUCACCCAUGGCUUGCCAGUGAAGACACAGAGACAGAAUUUCUCAGAAAGGUAGCAGACGUUCUUCUAAUUUACCUCCUUCCUGAUGAGUAUGCUUCCUGCCUACCUGCACGCCAUCUACUGAGAGAAAUUGUUGCUUGUAAAGUUUUAAAGCCUUCUGUGGAAUCUAUCUGUGACCCAGAUAAUAUCAACCAGACUCUGCUGAGCAACAUAGAGUACAGGGAGACCCACAAGAAGACCUACACCUAUGCUGCCUCCUAUGAGCAGUUCAUGAAGAUGAUACAGGAGUGUGAGGAUGUGGAAAUGCUCAAGCAGAUGAGGUACAGCAUUAUGACUGAAAUAAUGCAUGCCACUGUAAUAAACAAUUUAAAGAAAGCUCAAGGCUUAGAUAUUGAAAAGGACACUGCACCAAAAGGCACAGGAAAGGGGGACCUGCUGAAAGCUAGAAACUUGAAGCGGUAUAUAAACCAGUUGAGAACUUCUAAGAACAAAGUGGAGAAAAGGAUCCGUCAUUGUGGAGGGGAAGGGUAUGAUGGCUAUGGCUCAGAUGAAGAAGAUAGUCAGGUUCAUGGAGGAGGCAAGGUGUUUUCAUUCCAUGUUGUGAUGCAUAAUCCACAAGCUCAAGAAUAUUUCAUGAAGUUUUUACGGAGAGAUGAUAACCAUUCUCUUUUGGAGUUUUGGAAUGCUGUUGAAAAAUUGAAGCAUGCAGAAAAGAAAUACCAGCACCAAAUAGGCACAGACAUCUACCACAUGUCCAUCUCCAGCCCCAGCAGUCUGGUCACUAAGCUGCUGGACAGAGGAACCAUCAAAAGGAUUGAAGGAUUUCUGCUUGGAAACAUGGGUCCAGAAGCAUUCUUCACUGCUCAAGUCCAGGUAUGGAAUGAACUGGACAGCAAUUAUUAUCCUUCAUACAUUGUGAGUGAUGUCUAUCACAAAUAUGUCAGUAAGCUGGAAGAGGAGGAGACUGAAGUGGAUGUGUCAUCACAUGAAGCUUUACCAGAUCAUCUCAUGUACAGUAUCCCAGGGUCUCCAGAAGAACAGAAGGAACCUACAUUUGGUUCUCAUGAACUGACUCAAGCACUGCACAAAAGACUGCAGAUAUUGGAUGACAAGACCAUGAAUAAGGCACAGGCUCUGCAGGCUAUGAAACACACACAGAAGAGUGAUGAUACAAAGAGGGCCAAAGUAGUAGAUGAGCUACAGCAGGAGCUUGAUGAGCUGAAAUCACAGCGCAGACAGCUGGAGUUUCAUAUUGAGAGGACAGAGCUAUGGUGGGAAAAUGUUGGACGUUGGAAAGCACACAUAUACAAUGCAGAGCUGUCAAAAGACGAAGACACUGACAAGAUGGUGCCAAAUUUUGCCAUAGUUGUAGAUCUCCAAGGUUUCCAUACCAGAGGGCGUUCAAUGCAAGACAGCACCAGUGGAUGGGUGGUAUCAAGGACACUGGAUGAAUUCCACACACUUCAUAACAAGCUUAUUAUGAUUGCAGCCUGGCUGACCAAAAAGCAGUUGCCAACCCUGAGUAAACUUCCCUUUAAAUCUGUUAACAAGGCAUUUCUGGAUAAAGCUAAGGGCACUCUAAGCACAUAUUUGACUACUGUACUAAAGGAUGAUAUGCUGUCACAAAGUGAAGCUCUUUAUGCCUUUCUGAGUCCAAGUCCUGAUUACCUCAAACAUCAUCCACCCAGGAUCAAAUCUGCAAAGUUCUCAAUUCCAAAUAUAUUCAGGGGCCUGUCAUCGUCAAAGGGAGAAAGUAGCAGUGAGGAUGAGCUGCUCCUGAUGGAUGAUGAAGGCGUAAAAGAUGACAGGAACAAGGACUCUAUAGCACAGCCUCUCUACUUGUUGAUAGGGGAGAUAUUUGAGCUGAGUGGGGUGUUCAAAUGGUUGAGGAAAAGUUUAAUGGUGUUUGUGCAGGCCACAUCUGGAAGGACAAUUAACAGACAGUUACGAGAAACAGUGGACUGGAUCUUCUCUGAGCCUAUGAUCAUUUACUACAUUCAACUGUUUUGCAACUCAUUUUGGCCAGGAGGACACCUGGCGCCUCCUACACCUCCCAGGAGUGACGAGGAGAAAAUGAGAACCAGAAUGGCAGCAAAAAAUAAGUUUUUGGACAGCAUACCUGAUGCUAUGAAGAACUUAUUUGGUGAGAAAAACUCAAGAAAGGGUGCCAUCAAAAUAUUUGAAGUUUUUCAAGAUGGCAGACUGAACAAACAUCUAUUUUAUGUGCUUCUUGAAUUGGUGCUACUGGAAGUUCUCCCUGAGGUGAAGAGCAAAAUGGAGGAGCUAACAGCUGAAAGACAGGUGCCCUUUGCAGUUAGUAGCCUCAAUGCUCCACCCCCAAGUCGCUCACAGAGUCCAGAGACUGUCCAGUUUGAUGACCAGGACGCUGAUUCCACUGACCAGGCAACAAGGGGACAAAAACAACCACUCCCACAAGUGGAGGUCAUGUUCCAUUUGUAGCCUAUGUGAUGUCCAGUGAAGACUCUGGGAUACAAUUUAUGCCAAUUUUGAUAAGGCAUUCCAAAAAAGAGUUAUGAAAGAAAUUCUUAAAAAUCAUUCCCGACCAAAGAAAAUUACGUGGAAGUGAAUUCAUGAUCAUGGCACUAUAAGUUUGAUGUUAAGUGAUAAUCAUCAAUGUUGAUUAUUCAGAGAACUUUCCACAAAAAUUUAUGAUCUCUCAAGGAAUCUAAGUAUCUGUUUAAAGCCAGAACGCCUAACCUUCAACUGGCAUCGACAUUUGUAACAUUAUAGCAGCAAGAAAGUACAAUGUACACUGUAUGCCCAACUGUGAUAGACUAGGCUGUACACUUUUAUGUGCAAUAUAAAAUAUUUGACAGAAUAUAACUUCAGAAAUGUAUAAUAUAAAAUUCUAAAUA